UCGUCAUUUACACCGAGAGUACAAAAAACAGCAGGUCGCGUCUUCCGCCAGUCCAUCUACUUCCCAGACAACGAGCACGAGCUUGUUGCAGGAUGUUCCGAGUCGCAUGCUAGCGUACAACAAUCUCACAACCAAAGGCAACGUCGAAACGAGCUCAACGACUACCACCACAGCCACCGCAGUCUCCGGGACCUAUUCAUUCAACGCUCAAGCAACGGACAACGUUGCUGUGUACUACGGCCAAACGCCGGAUACCCAGGCAGGCGGUCUACUCACACUCUGCCAAAACACCAACGUCGACAUCGCCAUCCUCGCCUUCGUCUACGACUUCUUCGGCACCUCCGGCUCCGGCUAUCCCUCUGGAGAGUUCGGCCCAGCCUGCUUCGCAUCCCAAUCCCCGGAAGCACCAAACCUCGCCAAUUGUAGCGCCCUCGGCCAUGAAAUCACCGCGUGUCAGCAGCUCGGCAAGAAAGUGCUCGUCAGUCUGGGCGGUGCGAACGGAAACAGUAACCUGAAUUCCAACACCGACGCAGCACAAUUCGCAUCAACGCUAUGGAACCUCUUCGGCGCAGGCACGAACCUCUCCGCGCUACGUCCAUUCGGAGCGAACGUCGUAAUUGACGGCUUCGACAUCGACAACGAGAACCACAAUCCCGCAUACUACGAUACGCUCGCCACUUCCCUCCGCCAGCAAUUCGUCCAGGACACCGGCAGAACAUACUACAUAUCCGCAGCGCCGCAAUGUCCCAUGCCCGACGCCUCUACCCCGCCGGCGCUGAUGUAUGCGGCCGACUUCGUCUGGGUACAGUUCUACAAUAAUCCGCCUUGCGAACUUGGGAGUCCGGGCUUUUUGUCAUCGUUUGCUUCUUGGUCUGCUAAUCUUACGCUGGGAAGUACGACACCGGGAAUGCCAAGGUUGUUCAUUGGAGCGCCGGGAGCGCCGGCGGGUGCUGGCAGUGGAUAUGUGUCUGGGGCGAAUCUAACGGAGAUUGUUCACGAGGUUUUGACAUUGGAUCUGGGUGAUUUGGGGGGCAUCAUGUUGUGGUGAGUCCGAGUUGUUGCGCUUCCCUGAAUUGUUGCACGUGAUCCGGGCUAACAAGAGUCUCAUGUCUAGGGAUGGAAC